CAAUCGUGAGCAUGAAUACCACUAUCAAGAGGAAUCGAUUAGUGUUAGGCCUUGACUAUGGCACUACAUACACAGGUGUGUCGUUUUGUGAGACCUCUGAAACCGAAUUGCUGGAGAAACAUAUUGAGGUAGUGAACGAUUGGCCCUCAAGGCAUACGAAGAUCGGUACGAAAGAGAAGGUCCCUAGUGAGAUUGCUUACCUUCCCGACGGCCAAAAGUGGGGCUCACUCAUCCCUUCAAACGUGCCUCGCUAUAUGUGGACAAAGUUACAACUUGAUCACUCGCAGGGGGGUGAAGCCGCCAAGAUUGUUGAAGAACAACAGCUCGUCUCGAACAGAAAGCCCGUUCGUAUAGUCGCUGAUUUCUUAUCACACGUCAAAAACCAUUUGCUCGGAAACCUGGACGAUCGUUAUGGGCGAGAACUGUGGACUACAUUAUCUCUCACCCUCGUCGUCACUGUACCAGCAGUAUGGUCUGAUGCCGCGAAAGAUCGCACCUUGAAGGCGGCACAUCAGGCUGGAUUCAACAAAGCGUUCUUCCCACGACUGGAGCGAACUAUUCUAGCAACAGAACCAGAGGCCGCGGCGAUUUACGUUAUCAGGUCUCUUCGUGGUACGACUCAGGACCAGCAUCUCGCUUUAAACGAUGGCUUAAUUGUCUGCGAUUUGGGUGGUGGUACAGUUGAUCUGAUUUCUUACCGCAUUGCGGAGCUUGGACCGACAAAGGUCGAAGAAAUCAGUGUCGGCACUGGAGACCAGUGCGGUGGCAGUUUCAUUGACCGCGCAUUUCUUCAUUGGCUUGAACGUCGGCUUGGCUCCGAUUACUUUAUCAAGAUUGCUGGCUGCUGUAGCGAGGAUAUACCACGGACCUCUCUUACCUCGAAGCUAGGCAGACUCGUUCAAGACUUUACUCUGGAAGCCAAAAGCGGGUUUUCGGGCACUGAAACCAACUUUCUAAGGCUCCCAGCUCCCCUCAACGUUAUUGAAGAAGAUCUUGCACGAGGCAUUGCCGACGGCGAGAUCAUGAUUACUCCUGAAGACAUGAUCGAGAUGUUUGAGUUUCCUGUUCGUCGGACUACCGAGCUUAUACUAGGCCAGCUAGUACAGGUACGGCGUCUUGACGACAUUCAACUCAAAUACCUAUUCAUGGUUGGUGGGUUCGCAGAAUCACCAUACAUGUACAACAAGAUCAAACAAUUGGCAGAAUCUGAAAACCUCAAGACAAUCAGACCACCACAUGCCUGGUCCUCUGUCGUAAGAGGCGCAGCAGCAAAAGGUCUUGAGUUGAACGAUCGCCAAUCAAUUCGAACUCGCAAAUGCAGAAGGCACUAUGGCACAGGAUGCGACCAAGCAUUUGUUCCUGGAAAGCAUCGCGAAGUGGAUUCUUAUAUUUGCCAGUACAGUGGGAUCAAGAAGGCACGAGGGCAAAUCGCCUGGCUUUUAGAGAAAGGCCAGGACUUACCUACAUCAAAGUCAGCUCAUGCGAAACUGCCCAUGUACAGUACAUUUGGACCAAACGUGAGCAGGAAAGUGCAGAUCCCCCUAUGGGCUGCUGAUAGCGAUCAAGCUCCAAAUCGCCAGAAACAUGCUGCUGCGUAUGAAGUUGCUACGCUAAGCGUUGAUUUUAGCAAAGUGCCGAAGUGCAAGUUCAAGAAGUAUCAGAGCGAAACGAAAGUCGGGUAUCAUGAGGUGCACUUUCAAGUGGAAGUUUUCGCAACGACUUCAUUGGAGUAUGCGAUGUCUAUUGAUGGAACACGUUAUGGAUCGGUGACCGCAAACUAUGUCUGAG